GUAGUUGUAUCGCAUAAUUUGUGAUGUUUGUUGGUUCUUGUGUUGAUAAGUGAUCGAAUUUGAAUUUGUUUGUGUUUCAGGUAAUACAUAGUAAAAUACACGACUUUAAUACUAACUGGAAUUACCAGCAAAUUUGAAUCAUCAUAGGAAACAAUAGUUGGAACAAGUUGAAUAAAUACCCCAGUGCUCUACUAUAAGGUUACAGUGAGAAACCUUACAUUCCUCUCAACAGGCAUACUUCUGAUCAUUAUGGAAAGGGAUAUAGAGCAAUUAAAUGCAGCUUUGAAUGUUAUUAAAGUUUUGAGGUCCAAUGUGCGAAGUGUUUUUGAGUCUGUCAGCAACGGCUUAAGAGCAGACCAUGGAGAAGAUGGUGCAUUCACUCUUGAACUUCAAGAAUUCCUGACAACAGUGAAUAAUAAUUUGAGUGAUGUGGACAGUUCUGUUGCCAACAUAACCCCACCUCCAGGUGCUUUAAGUUUAGGAAAUACAGCAUUUCUAAGUCAAGAAACUACUCAAAAAAGACAAGCCCUCUAUGGACAAUUAGUUGAUAGCCACAGUUGGACUGAUAAGAUACGGGAAUAUAGUGCAGUUGCUGGAAACAUUCUUUCUGCCAACUCCUUUAAUAAAACCUACAAUACAUUGAGUACAACAAAAAGAAGAAAAACCCAAACCAGCAAUCAUGAUGUACCUCCAGAGGUGAUUGAAAAUUUAAUAACCAGUAUAGACAGACUUCUGCCUGAUGUCACUUUCACAACAAGCAGACCUUUAGGUCAUAAUCCAGUUAUACAGGUAUCUUUGGGAAGAGUGAUGAAGGCAAUAGUUGCAUUCAAAGGAAUGAUGAUUGAGUUUGUGGUAGUAAAAGCUCAUGCUGAGUCAAACGACUUGUGGACUGGGUCUCAAUAUAAAGUAUUUAGGAAAGUCACUGAAAACUGCCAUGCUGCGAUGUGUCAUUUCCAUUCCUCAACUAUGCCAGAGCUAGCAGUAAGAUCAUUUAUGCAUUGGUUCCACAGUUAUAUCACACUAUUCAGUGCUUCCUGCAAGAGAUGUGGAAAUCAUUUGCGCAGUAAUUCACCCCCGACAUGGAGAGAUGUACGGAAUUUGGAGCCUUACCAUGAAGAAUGCAAAUAA